UAAAAAGGCUUAGCGUAGUGUAUUUAAAGCUAGCUCACAAAUGCAGCUUGAACCCUUUUUAUUUGAGUCGCCUGCUGCUCGGUUUUAUGACCUGGCAGCCAGCGGCAGCUGUUGCGCCUGGUGAAAAGUUCUAGGAUUAAAGGUCAGGCAAAAAAAAACCCAACAGCUGCGCAGGAAGUCUACCUGUUGGGUGAUAGGCUACCUGUAAACUGCAGUGCUGCAGUGGACCAAAUGUGUAUAUAAUCUCGUGUCCCGGGGUCACAACACAUCAGUCAACAAGGCAAUCUUGUACUAGACACAUCUCUGCACAUCACAUCACAGCAUACUAAAAUCUCAUUCGCAACAUGGCAUCGCAGCUUAACUCAGUAUACGACGAAGAGCCAAUUUCAAGCUUUGUGUUCGGCAGCCGUGGCAACCAGCAAACAUUUCGCCAUCAGUGGCAAGUGGAUGGCGAGCUGCAGGAGUGCGACACCUGCUUCAGCAGCAUCGAUGCCGAUGAGCCGCCCAGCCAACAUUGGCUGCAACAUGGCCGCCAGCAGCAACCACAGUUGAGCAAACAACAACAGGCUGUGCUCGACAUUAUCGAGGCACGACGAAUUGAAACGUUCUUCAUUUGCGACGAGAGUGCCAAGGAUGAUCUGGACAGCUUCAUGAGUGACACUUGCUCACGUGCAGUGCCUGAAUUGCUGCGAUGGAUGUUCCACAAUGGGUCACAGCGUGUGGAAUUCAAUUUGGCCUGCUAUGUGAAUGUGUUAAGUCAAGUGCACAUCUUCCAAAGCGGCUCGCUCUGUGUGGAACAUCACUACGACAUCGAGGAGUGUGUGAGCGUCAUCUACGAGAUGAUCACUCAACGCAUCGAGAACUAUUUGGCCAGCAGUCAUGACGUUGGCCUCGAAGAGUGCAGCAUCACCCGACUGCGCGUACAAGUCAAGCGUAUGCGUAACGACAACGAAAGUGCUUGCGACUUGGAGUUGCCACUGCCACUUCAACUGCGCCACGAGUCAGCCACUGUCAGCCACAACAGCAAGACAAGCGAAGCGGAAUUGGCCAGUCUACAUGCGGCAUAUGUGAAGCAUCACCGCGAGUGCAACGGCUAUUUCCCCUCCAACAUGCGUGUGAAUCUCUAUGGGCUGCAGCAAUGUCAGACCACCAAGGAGCUGUAUGUGGUGCCGUAUCACAUUAGCGAAACGCUGCAACAGCAGCCCAACAAGAACUUUCUCAUCCUCAACAAUAGCAUGGGACAGUUCCAGCGACUCCACGAGCUGCAGACACCCAUCGAGCAAGUCAGCAACAGCAGCGAGAGCCAGAAGAACCAGAAGCACAACAACAACUCCCGCUCACGUCCUUUGCAAUGUCGUCGCUGUCGUGCGCAGUUCAAGUGCCGCAGUCGGUUGCACAUUCAUCAGCAGUUGCGGUGCGGACAGGACUUUAGUGUGGACAGCAUGCAUCCCGAUAUUGUGGAGAUCUAUGAGCAGUGUCUGCCCAUUUCACGCAGCCACUUUCAGUUCAAUUGCUAUGGCAUCACGAAGCCAAAGACUGUGAUGAGAAAGGGUCAGUUUGUGCCCAUCGAGUGUGAUUGGCGCAAAAAGAGCUCCGUUCAGGUGCAGCACGGACCCUGUGUGAUCAUCAGCAACUCUGAGAUGGGCAGUCCUUGUAAAUUAAGUUAA